CCAAUAUGGCGGCAACCGUGUAUGAAAGGUGCGGAAUGUUUUGAUUUGGAAACGACCAAUAAAAAUAGUAAAAAAGUCACGAAACGCGAAAAAAAUAUACAAUGGCCGGUGUAUUAUCUAGUGUGAUGUGCUGAAAAUACGAAAUAGCCGAUUGAGACGCAAGUGUUGUGUCAGUUUGGUAAUUUUGUUGUGUGCCCGUGUUGUAUUUUUUACGUGAAAAACUUCUUUGCUAAAUGUGUCCGUUCGUAGUAUUGAUAUGUGACUGUAGAUUACGCGAUGUCUACCGAUGAUAAAGAGUCGGCAUGUUCGAGUGAAACCGUGAAACGUUUAGAUAACGCGAGUACCGAUCGUUGUGAAGAUGAAAUUUGUGAAAAAAAGAGAAAAAGACCAAGCAGGAAAGUGUCUUUCCCUGAUGAAGACCAGAUAGUCACACAGUACUUCGAGCCCGCGAAUCCUUGGCAUGAUGUGCCCACAACAACGCGUGCGCAGCUGGCGGCCGAGUACCUGGAGUGUUGCCGGCGACACAACACACCGCCCAUCGACACCGUGCUACGACAGAUACGGGAGUUACCCGAGCCGGCUAUCGGCGGCGGGUGCCGCGCGGCGCGGCUGUCGCUGUCGGAGUGCCCGCUGCUGGGCUCGGCGCCGGUGGACGCGCUGGAGGCGCUCCUGAGGAAGGCGCAGUUCCGCCGCAUCGAGAUAGACCACGCCGCCCUGGACGACGAGGGCGCGGAGGCCCUCUUCGACAUGAUAGAGUACUAUGAGAGUGCUAUGGUGCUGUCCAUCAGUGGACCGCGCGCCUACGGCAUCAGGGGUUGGCAGGCGGCCUCUAGGAUGAUUAAAAAGAGCUGCCAGCUGGUGGAGCUGGAGAUCUGCAACCACCCGCUGGAGGCGGGGCACGCCCCGGUGCUGGCUCGCGCGCUGCACACGCACUCGUGUCGGCUGCGGGUGCUGUGCCUGCAGCGCGCCGUGCUCUCCGGAGACCCGCUGCUCUGCCUCGUGAUAGCGUUGAAAUCAAACAGCUCGGUGCGGGAACUGCGCCUCGGCGACAACAACCUGACGCCGUCUGACGCGGCGCAGCUGGCGUCACUGCUGCGGUACAACAGCAGGAUACAGCUGUUGGACCUGUCCAACAACAUGAUACAGGACGCGGGCUGCGGGCACCUGGCGGAGGCGCUGGCGGAGCAGGCUGCGCACACGCCGCCCUCUGCCGCCGCCAGCCCGCUGUCGCCGCUGCACGGGCCACUGAGCAGUUAUGACGCGCGAGGGUUGGCGUUCCUAGUGUUAUGGAACAACCAGCUGACGAGGAACUCCGCGGGGCACCUCAGUAGAGCGCUGGCAUCCCAAUCCCUCUGCGUGCUGAACGUGGGCCGCAACGCCCUAGGGUCGGACGCCGUUCGAGCCCUAGCGGGGGGCGGAGCCCUGCUGUCGCUGGGGCUGCAGUGCGCGCGGCUGGGGCCCGAAUGCGCUCGCGCGCUGCAGGACCUCGUGCGGGCCACCACGCUUCAGAGGCUAGAUCUUCGCGACAACAAGCUUGGCGUCGCGGGGUUGCAGGCAAUCGUGGUCGCGUUGAAGGACAACCAUACGCUCACACAGAUCGACCUCGACGACGUAUCGGAGUCGACAACGACGCUGACGGCGGAGGACAGCGAGGCGGCGACCGUCGCCCGCCUCACGCGCGAGAUCCGCGCGCUGUGUCGGGACAACGAGCCCGCGUCGCCGGAACGGCGCGUGCACAGGAAGAUAUCGCUCACGUGCCACACCGUCGCCGCGCCCAGGGCGGCGGGCGGCGCCGGCGCGGAGGAGGCGCGACUGCGUGCGCGGCUGCGCUCGCCCGCUCCCUCGCCCGCACCCUCGCCCGCAGGCUCGCCCGUGCCGCAUGCGCAUUCGCGCUUCUCUGUGACGCGGGUGACUCCGGAGCGCGAGUGUGGCAGCUCGUCGGCGCUGCCGCCGCACAGCCCCACCCCACCAGGGUCCAGGUUCAAAGUCGUGCAGGUGGCGGAGCCCCCACAGAUCCAAGUACACAACGCGGAGCUCCGGCGCAGCACCUCGCGGUUCUCUGUGACGCGCAACUACGACACCAUGUACAACCCCACGCCGCCGCCCAGCCCCGCCACUCCCACCAAACCCGACUCCCCCAAACCGGACACCCCCAAACCGGACACCCCCAAACCGGAAACCCCCAAACCAGAAACCCCAAAAUCCAAAACCCCUUGUGAUAGCAAGAAAUGUGACAAUAUAAACACUAAUAAAUGUGAAAGUGUGAAUGAAAAAAGUGAUAAAGAUGAUAAAAAUUGUGUGAACAAAGCCAGCGGUAGAGACGUACCUAAGCGUGACAAACAAGAGAGACAAGAGAGUGCGACAAGUGACGGUGACGAUGACGUGUUCCACGAUAAAACGGAACGCGUGUGUCACAGUGAGACAGUGGACGUUGUGGGCGCCGACAAAGUGCUUAAAACAGAGACGCAACUAGUGAAAAACAGUACAGAAGCGAGCGCCACCGAGAAAGUUGACGUGCAACUGCAAAUGACGGUCAAAACGGAAAGUGUCAACCCAGCCAAAGUUCACGCCGACCAAAAUUCGAGUGAGUUUAGAAAUAUAGACGAUAAUAAAUUAGAAGAGAAACGAGACGAAAACGCCAUGAAACAAAUUGAAGCUAUAACUGAAGACUUGGGCAACCUUAUACAGGAAAUGAAGGACCUCUCCACGAAAACUGCUGUCUUGAAAAAGGCAAAUUGCCCAGAUGUAGACGUUAACAGUAAAAUAGAUGUACCUGCUAAUUUUAUACGGGAUAACGUAGUUCUUAAGAAGAAUAAGAGUGAGUCAAGCCUCGACAGCCCGGACCUGGAAGUGUCGCGAUUGAUGACCAAAAAGCUCGGCGGCAGUCCCUUCUGCGAUAGCAGUAGCUCUUUGGAAAUCUCUGGAAGCUCCAUGGAGAGUCUUGCCGAACCAAACAUACAGACGAAGCCAAUAAUAAUACAGGAAUCGAUCGAAUCUGAUACCGAGUUGGACAGAAGAAAACCCGACAGGAUUACGUUGUCGACUGAAAGCAGUCUUGAGUCUAAUACCAGUGAGAUUACACCAGUGAACAGCGGAAACUUCUUAAACAUGUCGGUUAGCUCCAAUGAAAGCGUAUCGCCUAUAAUAUUCGGGAAGACUAAGAAGAUACACGAUUCCUUAUCCAGUCUGGAAGCGAGUGUAAGUUCCCUAGACUCCGCCAGACAAGACAAGGUGAUGGUGACAUCGGCAGACUCUGGUAUAGAGUACUCAUUACAGAACCCAACGGAAGGCAAAGACGACAAUUCCUCCAAUGAAGGAACUUUAACGAACAACUCUAGUUUAAAGGAAACCGUCAAGAAGCCAGACAAUUUACUGCAAGACACUUUGACGUGUUCUCCUAAAAGAGCAUCCAGUUUGCUGGACGUGCCGGCGUUGAAGACCAAAGGCUUGGACAGGAUGAGGAAGAUAUCGUGGGUGGCGCCGUCUUCCAGCUUCCACAUACCCCCCAAACCAGAAGAGAAAGUUGAGAUGAAACUGCCGUCGCAUCUCGAGAAACUGCUCAGUUUGUUCCAGCAUCCGACGAGUUUGUUCUCAAGAAGUUCCAACGAGGAGGAAAAGAAAUCAGCGUCAAACACUCCUCCUAGGAAGGACUCCUCCCUGACCAGCUCAUUCUGGUCGUGGGGUAGUGUUACAGAGAGUAACAAGGACGACAAAGAUGAUUCCUCCGAAGCGACUGACUCCACUCUGUCGGAGAGAAUUCAAGUGUCGUUUGUCGACGAGUCCUUCUCAAGGAAGCUUGACAGCAAGACUCCCUCCACGGAUACAGAGAACACACUGAGCGAGUUCCAAUCGUUCCCCAUGCAGGGGAACUCUGAAAACAGUGAUAUAUCUCAAGCUGAUAAAGUAGAUAGAGUUACCGAAUUAACCACCGACAAUUUAGUACAAAAAUGUUUAGUUGUAAGCGUAAACUGUAUGGACGAUGCGAGCUCGAACGGGAACAAGGACCCGCGAGCGUGUGAUAUCAUAGAUCUCAUGAAGCCCAACGAUUUAAAUAAAAACUAUUCGACCGGAGACAGCAAUAAAAACUCCGGCCAAGAAACAGACAAGGAAACAGAGAAGGAGGAGAUUAAGGAGCCUAUAAGACCAAGGUCUUUCGCCGCGGUACUUAAGUCUUCAGGUUCUGAAAAUUCCCUCGACAAACAAACCAGUCCUGAGGGCCAACCUGUGGACAAACUGCCUAUCAAGGUGAUCAGGGGCAUCAAAGAAAAUAUAAGUCCUGAAAACACAUUGACUUCCAGUAUGACGAACACAAAGACUUUAGCGCUGGAACUAGCCGAGAGACAAGUGAAGACACAGCCAAUAGUAAGCGCAGUCUGGGAAGUAUCUGCGAACUUUGAGAAAGACGAGGGUAAAGCGCCAAUAGCCACUAUAGAGGAGACCAACGACGAAGCGGCGGACAACUCCGUACAACUAGACUACAUAGACGACAUCAAAUUCAUUGACGAAAAGAACGUCUCAGCUGACAGCGGAGUGACGUUGCUGGAAGGCGUUGAAGACAAGAAAUUCGAGUCCAAAGUUCGGGAAUUGGAAAGCGUGGAUUUGGGAAAAGAUGCUUUAUCCUACCUCAUUUACGAAAACCAGGACUUUGAGCCUGAGACUGAGCAUACCGUAGCUAAUGUGGCUCAAGAGGGAUCGCUGGCUCAAGAACUAAAAGAAGCAGAGAUCAAAGAGAAACUACUAGAUUUAUCACCAGAAUUAGUCAUUGACGAAGCGAUCGAAGUCCCAGAAGUGUUUGUGGCUAAAGACUUAAAGGGACUUAGGACUUCACCAGUGAUACCUGAAAGAGCCAAGUUAAAGAAAUCCAAUUCCUUAGAAGAUCUAUCCCAAACUGACGAGAGUCCUAAAACGAAGACGAUAGCUUUUAAAAUCCCAGAGACGACACCAAGAGAUAUACCGGAUAGGCGGCCGAAGCUUCGUUCAAGAAGUGGUUCCAGUCCGAAAUCUUUGCCAGAAAGCUUGAACAAACCAUGUCCGUUGUCCAAAAUGGAGUGCAAGAAGAAAAAGAGAGUGUCUUCUCUGGGUAAAAUGGCCAAGGAUUCUUUACUAGCGCUUAAUAUGACUGAGGAAGAAAUAGCGGAAUUUAGAAGGUCUUACAAACUAACUUCAGUCGAAAGCUUAAGAUCUCUGGAGUCGGUUUCGGAAGAUGCAAACUCCCAAAGCGGUACCUCAGUGGACUCCCGGUGUAGAGCAUGCCUUAGGACCUCGCAGGAGAGCCUAAUGUCGCUGGACUCGAUCACGGAAGAUUGCCGAUGCACAGAUGACUGUGACAAACUGGACAAACCGGGACGGUCGGUUAGAUAAAGACUUUAGACUGUGGUGUUGGCACUGAGGGGCGGGCAUUCAACUUAAGGGACUAUUUUCAAUCAAUCAUUCAUUAUUUAUUCCACUAACAUAUGGGUUGGGACAGUAACAACCGGAUAAAACCGGAUUAAAUUCUCAUUGAAAGACAAAAUUCUAUUUGAGUUCUUUGCUAGAAUCGACUACAGUAUACCUAUUUAUUUGCUGUUAGAUUAAAAAAAAAUGCAUUUGUGAAUACUUAUGUACCUGGGUAAUGAGAAAAUAGGUGAUUAAAUUAUCGCGUUAAAUCUCGACAGAUCUAUCUGUUUUGUUUUUGGAGAAAAGGGAAAGUCAGUUUCUUAUCGCGCAUUCGAAAGGCACGUUAACCCGUUGGUCCCGGUUACUACUUACUGAUGUAAGUUAGUAGUCGUUACAUGAGCCAUGUCAGGUGCCUUUGGCGGUUCAUUAGUAACCCAGACACUAGGGUUGAUGGGGUUGGUAAUCCACCUCACAACCCACACGACAGAAGAUGACUAGAAAGAUUAGUUAUCCCUACCGAAGUAGACAGAGCCAUAAGUUAAAUUAAUACUACCUCUCUUGUCUUUUCGUAUGGAUGAACUGAAAUAUGUUUAGUAAAGUCACUUUUAGCACAUGGGUAUUGGGUUCGUCGUAUUUGAACGUUUCUUGCGCUGUUUCUCAGCUCAACUCGUUCCGCUAAAGAGUAGAGAGCGCGCUCGGAUUGUCUGUCUCCCUCGUACUCAUGCGUCAUGCGGUAAGAACGUAGUCUCCGUUCGGUGAUAAAACUAAAGUAGAAUCUUGGUUUUCAAUGAAAUUCCGUAUUUCUGUAAUCGAUAUUUUAGCAUCACUAAUUUAUUUUCCAUAUAUUCAUUCUCCAUGCUACUUUUUAGAGAAAAAUAGAGCAGUGGUUUCCCUCUUGCCUUCCGCAGUACUCUGUCUGACGCGAGUGGGAUGGCGCCCAGAGUAGUCCAUUUCAAAGUCUGACUAGGACGCGUCCUCCGCCUCUGAAUAGUACUGAAAGUUACUGCUGCCCUCAGGUUUCAGGUUACAGUCCCUGUGACUCGCCUCUUCAGUCCUGUAUUGCCGUACCGAUGGCUCCCAUCUCCGCGUCUUCAACAGUUGAGGUCUUCAGUUGAUUUUUAUUUAAGGUAAAAUGUCCGCCCCCAUGGUCCAUGCACCUGUAAUUUAUUUGGCCGAGACUUAUUAUUUACAAACCGACAAGAAACUCGCUACGUACAUAAUUGGUUUUUAAAAUGACGUAAAUGUUGAUUCAGGCGCGCAGUGGUGCUGAUUCUCGACACCAAAUUAAUGUUAACCUAACUUGACAGUUCUAAGACCUCUUUCAUUCACAGUCAGUAAAAGAUAUCAGUGUUGAUCAAAACUUACAAGUCUGCACGUUCACAAGCUACAAGUUACUCACAAGUACUUGUAACUUGCGCUUAUCAAAAGAAAGCAGAGAGAUUGUAAAAUAUACUUGUAAAAUAAAUAUUGACACUUGUAACAUGUAAUUUACAUGUGUGGUUUUGAUAAAUACAUUCUUGUAAUAAUGUAAUUUUUUAUAAGAAGAUUUCUUGUAAUACAGGUCUUGUAAGUUUUGAUAAACAGCGCACAGUUCUAAGAGCUAAUUAUAAUAAUAUUAAGUUGAUACAAUGAGUACCAAAACUUUAUCAUAUUCUGACAGCUCUUAAAAUACUGCCGUCCUUUGCUGACUGUGAGCGCAAGAAAGAGAUAGCAGUAGUUUGAGGAUUUUCAGCCUGUUUUACAGAAUUGACACUUAAAGUCCUUCAAAUGUAAUUGAAGUAUAACUUGAUUAAAAGGAGAUAUCUCAUGUCUCUUUCGCACUAGGAGAUGCAUUAUAUAUCUGUCCUGCUCUCAUUCUAAUCAUGUUACUUUUGAAGGACGUUAAGACUGAUUUUAAAGUCCAAUUGAAGGAGUCUAUAUUUUUUCAUAGGAAAAGAAAAUGUUUUGUUAAAUUCUUGUACUUACCACGGCUAUAGACUUCCAUUUGUAUAAAGGAAAAUAAUUGUAUCAUAAUAUAUUAUUAAAAAUAAUAAUGUAUUAUGAAUAAAUAGACUUAUAAUAAUAAUAUGGUUUAAAUAAGAAUUAAGGAACUGGAACAAUGGAUAAAAUAAAUGAUGAUAUUUUAUAGAAUGUUUAAAAAUAAUAAUAAUAAUAAAAUAUACUUUAUUUCGGACAAAUUUACAUCCAUAAUACAAGAAAGAAAAUACUUAAAAGCUGUAAAACACCAUAAUGGCACACACUUAAAUGCUGAUGGGUCCAGUGCUUUAUAAAGCUGUCCCACAUAUCAGCUAUUACAGUCAGGAUGCUGUUGGUGCUGGCACGCACUCUGCAGUGCGUGUUUUGCCUCAAGUUUUUUUGCAAGUAAAUAUGUCUGUCACAAAACCGAACUUUACUAAAAUGUAACAUUAAGUUGUAAAUAAGGAACUUGAAAAUAUAACUACAAGAUAAGCUCACGACUAUAUUCCAAUGGGGGUAGUCAGAGGUACCAUCGCAAGAUGAACUUAGUACCUACAUCUCACCGAGCUUUCUGUUGGACCAACGUUGGAAACUAUACUUGAAUAAUUUAUUUAUUUAUUUAUUUAUUAAAUUCUUACAUGCUCAUACAAUGUGUUCAUUACAGGUAGGGUCCCAAUUCGACAACAUCUUAAAUAUAUAGCAAUCAUAAAAAAUACGUUAUAAAAUUAAAAAUAUGUUCAACAUUCAUAAUUAUUCUUAUUCUCAAACAAAUUAUUAAAAAUUAAUGAAAAAAUUGGAAACAAUAACAUAACAUGAGACAUUACGUACUAAAUAAACAAGAAAGAACUUAUAGUCUAAAAAAACAAUGUCAUAAAUAAAUUAAAUAGGUACUUAUGUUAAAUUCUAUAUUACUUAUUGGUUAAAUAAUGCAAAGCGGCCUCUUCGAAUUUCGCCAGCGAACAAUGAAAUAUGUCUAUUUCAUGUGCGAUAUCAUUAAAAUUAAAUAAUAAAUUAAAUAAUAUCUAAAAAUAGUCUAUCGGAGUCGAGAACAGACUCCUCGGCGACCUUCAUGAAGACUUCGAACUCAGCUCAAAAUCGGUAUUCGAAGACGGCGCCUCAACCUUCACUCGAGUUUACUCCGCAAGGCGUGACGUCAUUAAUUUCGUAUUAUUAUGUUGGCAGUACGACAUGCUCGACUCCAGUGAGGAAAGUCCUCAAGUCGAGGAUGUAAAUGUCAACUUAAUCAAAAAUGGCCGUCCAUUAAUCAUGCGAGGCUCGCUAGGGGAGGAGGGGUCCAUGAAAAAUCACUCGCAAUGAUAACCAUGGAAUUUGUAUUAAAAAGCAACCUGUGACGUCAUAAAAAAACGUGACAAAAUGUCGCACUAAUUAUUACAUUUUUCUUUAUGAAAAUUCAUAAACGUGUUAAAUAAAAAAAAGUGGUUGUGACAGACGGACGGACGGACAGACAGACAUGACGAAUCCAUAAGGGUACCGAUUUUGCUAUUUGGCUACGGAGCCCUAAAAAGUAAACGUUUUUUUACCACCUUAAGAUCUGUCUUUAUUUAGUAAUUCUGCAUAAUUUAUCUUUGACUUAAGAAACUACCUAAGAGGGUACGGUCACGAGUACUAAUAUGCAUACACUGAAACCAUGUCACAUUAACUUUUUUGACAAAUUAAACCGUAAGUCUCAUUAAAUGUCAAAUACGAUAGUGAGACAGGGUUCUAAAGUGGGUACAUUAUAUUGCUCAUGACUGUAUGUGAGAUAAUGCUCAGUGUUGCCACUUCCUUAAUUCUUAGUUAAACCAUUAAAUGGAUGAAAGAAAACUAUUAAGGCAAAAGUAUUGUUAAAAUUAUAAUUUUAACAAGCCUUAUAAGGCUGUAAAAAAUUAAGCUCUUGCGUUUAACCGCACAAUCGCAUGUAUAAAUCUAUACAUAUAAUAUAUAUAGAGAAAGAAGUAAUAUUAUAAAUGUUUAUGUAUAUUAUAUUAUAUAUUACAUUAUGUCAAUAUAUCAAAUUGAUAUAUUGAUUCGCGUACUUGUUGUUAAUUGUAUAAUAGGUAGGGUAAAUUUUUGCGUAUUACAUUAAUGUUUUCGAUUUUCCAAUAACAUAAAUGUAAAUGUUUAAAGAGAAUGUAAGGUUGAAUUCGUAUAGAUAAAUUCAAAUUCAAAAAUAUAUUUAUUCAAUAGGUAACAAAGUUACACUUUGAAUCGUCAAUUUUUACAUAACGAAUGUCUCAUCCGCCUAAAACUACUGCAGCUUCUCACAACCCGUAUAGCUACCCCAAUACAGAUUAGGUCACAUACCUCCGAAAAUGCAUUUCUCGGGAAUGUGGGUUUCCCCACGAUGUGUUCCUUCACCGCUGAGCACGUGAUAGUCAUUUAUGAUCCAAACUUGAAUUCGAAAACAAAUUAGACAAUCAUUGGUUUAGGCCUGUGCUGGAUUCGAACCUGCGACAUCAAAGGGAGAGCCAAGCGUUGUACCAACUGGGCUACCGCGUUUUUCAUGAUUAAAAUACAUAAAUAAGUUAAGAAAAUAGAGAAGUAGUAAUCAGAAUUUCAUGAUUUAUCUUUGACCUAGGAACCGGACCUGUCAAAUCACAUUGACCUUCAACAAGUUUAUCCAUGAUAAUUACGUUGAAUAAAUGAUUGUGAUUUCUGAUUUCUUUGACCUAGGAUACUACCAAAUUGAUAUAUACAUAAGUGUAUUGGUGAUUGAAAUAUGCGAAUUCAAUCUAACAGUAACAAAGACCAAAAUGAUAAAAAAGUUUAAUAUUAAUAAAAAUUUUAAACCGUCUUAAAGUGUAUUGUAUAUAUCAAAGCUUUGGAUGUCAAAAUAUUAAUAAAAGAACAUGUUUCGGCGGCUGUUUAUAUACUUAUAUUUAUAGUUUGGCAAUUCGGUUAUAUAUUUACGUAAAGUUAGUGUUAGUCCAUAAUAUAGAGUUGAUACUACCGUUCAGUCUUACUUUUUUAAAACUUUAGGAAUAACUGUAUUAAUAAUAAUACAGGGUAUUAGUUGCAUCGUAACGAAUACUGAGGGGGGUGAUUCAGACCGUGAUUCUGAGUUGAUAUCAAGCGGAAUUUUCCGUCGCAAAAUUUACGAUUUUUUUUAAGUUUUUUUAAAUUAUUCAAUUCUAUAUCUUUGCGAUGGAAAAUUCCACUCGAUAUUAACUCAGAAUAAUGAGCUGAAUCAUUCCCCUCAGUAUUUGUUACGAUGUCAGUUACACCCCUUACAAGUACAUUCAGGUAGCCAUACAAGUAGAUAUGGGAGUUAGUGACAACAUACUUAAUGUAAAGUAUUUUUGUUUUUGGGGACAUAUUGAAAUAUGAUAAUCAACCGCGUAAACCUAAAACAAUGUAUAUUAAUCAAAUCAAAUAAUACUUUAUUGCACUGAACUAAAUUUAAACAAUCGACGAUUCAACGAUUGUUGAUUGUUGUUGCUUGACUGUAUUCAUAUACAGUCAAAUUUGGGCGGCCUUAUUGCUCUAGAGCAAUUUCUUCCAGGCAAUCACUACUAGGAAACAAACAUUUACCAAAUUUGGAUGCGGGAUGGAUAUUACAGUGUUAUACGACGUUGUCAAUAUUAGCUUUUUGUUUUGACGUGACUUAUUGUAGAUUUGCCGCAGAUGCCAUUAACUACUUGGCCGGACAAAUGGGUACCAUAAUAUAUUAGCAAAGGGCUAACAAUAUUAUUGAAAAGUCAAAUAAAGCGGUGAAAGGUGAUAUCAACUCUAUAUUAUGUCCUACCCCCAACUUUACGUAAACACACCACUGAAUUUCCGAUCUAUAGUUAUAUUAUUAUGUAAUAUAAAUUAAAAACUAAUGUAUUGUAUUAUAGAGAGCGAAAAUUUAUAAGUUCACACGUUUUUGACGAUGGUUUUCGUUCAUUUGUAAGAUACGUAAUAAACGUUUUGAGAAAUCAUCAAGUACAUAACAUUGUUGCGAAGUGUAAUCAGUUUUACCUUGUUAAACGUAACAUGCUUAGAAUGACAUAUUUUGUCUCUUACUAAGCUGUAUACUGUUAGUGCGAGAGACAUAUAUCUCCCGUCUCUUUCAUACUAAGGUGUACUCCGUUAGUGCGAAAGGGAAAUAUCUCCCGUCAGUUUCGCGCUAAGCGAUGUACAUCAUCAUCACCAGCCCAUUAACGUCCCCACUGCUGGGGCACGGGCAUUCCCUAUGGAUGGAUAGGGAGAUCAAGCCUUAAACCAUCACGCGGGCCCAGUGCGGAUUGAUGGUUAUUAACGACUGCUAAUGCAGCCGAGACCAACGGCUUAGCGUGCCUUCCGAAGCACGGAGGAGCUCGAGAUGAAAACUUUUUUUUUGUGGUCACCCAUCCUAUGACCGGCCUUUGCGAAAGUUGCUUAACUUCAACAAUCGCAGACCGAGCGCGUUUACCGCUGCGCCACCGAGCUCCUCGAGGCGAAGGCGAGGUAUAUGUAUUGUAUAUCAUAUAUAUCUAUGUAUAUCUGUACAUCUGUAGUCUGUAGUAUGUAUAUCUGUACAUAUACCUAUAUAUAUCUCUGUCCUUCUGUCAUUGUAAUUAUGUUACGUUUAGCAGGCUAUUGUUAUUAUAGAUUUGAUUCACUUGCCGUUUCUCGCGACACGUAAUCCUAGGCUGACCCAUUCGUAUGAUGGCGCGGUGAUUUCUACGGCACACUUUGAUGAAGUAUUUACCUGUUCACCUAUAAAAAAAUAUAUAUAUAUAUACGGUCGAUUUGAGAACCUCCUCCAUUUGUUAAAGUCGGUAAAAAAAUAUUAACCACCAUACGAAUAAAAAAUAAAUAAGCGAUGGACAGUCAUGAGCAAUAUAAUGUACCCACUUUAGGACUCUGUCGCACUAACAUAUUUGACAUUUAGUGAGACUUACAGUUCGAUUUGUCAAAAGAGUUAAUGUGACAUGGUACCAAAGUGUAUACAUAUUAAUGCUCGUGACCGGACGUGUGCUAAGUAUUCGACAGCCACUCGCUAGCCAAGCAAAGUUAAAUACAAUGGGGACUUUCCAAUCGACGUAACACAAACGAAUAACAUAGCGCGUAAAUUGCGUACUUGACAGAUUUCGGAUAAGUAUUUUAAAAAUUGCAGCAGUAACUGUCGGUACUAUUCAGAGGUGGAGGACAGGAGACCUAGUAUGGCUUUGUAAUAGACUACUCUGGGCGACAUCCCGAUGAGAAUUCGGUUUUUUGUCUGUGUAUUACAAGACCCGAAACACGGGCGGCCAUGAUUAAGUUUCGUGAAACGUCACAUUUCACAAAAUAAACAAAAGCUAUCUGUCAGGUUCAAGUUGCACUGUUUGACAGUUUCUUUGUUUGUUGAAAUGUGACGUCAAUGGGCGAAAUGUCACGUAAUCGUUUUGGCGCGAAAUUUAAAAUGGUUGAGGAAAUAUUUUAAGAGGUGUAAAGUAAUCAAUUGUAAUUUUUAAAAUCAUCAUCAAUUUAAGAGCCACGCUCUUGUCGGUGCAGCAUUUUCCAUGCUACUUUUUAGAGAAAUAUAGGGCAGUGGUUUCCCUCUUGCCUUCCGCCCCGCAGUACUCUGUUUGACGCGAGUGGGAUGGCGCCCAGAGUAGUCUAUUACAAAUCCAUACUAGGACUCCUGUCCUCCGCCUCUGAAUAGUACUGACAGUUACUGCUGCAAUUUUUAAAAUACUUAUCCGAAAACUGUCAAGUACGCAAUUUACGCGCUGUUAUUCGUUGUUUGAAAGGUGAACUGUCACAAAGUAUUCGAUGUUCGAAAUCGUCUGAAAUGAGGAAGAUGUAUGAGGUCUGAUAAUAGCAAACGCAAUAAUAAUAAUAGCCACCGGGAUCUGUUAGCAGGUGACCAUAAUCGAAAUUAACACCCUCAUUUUAAGAUGUUAACUCCAACCUUUCUCAACUCCGACCUCAGUUAGCCUCAAGGUUUUCCUCGAACUCGCUCAAAAUCGUUAUUCUUUUAUUCAACCUCACUUCGACUUUAUUCGAAUGAGGCAUGACGUCAUUAUUUUCGUAUUAUUAUGUUGGCAGUACGACACGCUCGACUCCAGUGAGGAAAGUCCUCAAGUCGACGACGUAAAUGUCAACUUAGAAUACCGAAAUGCUCAGCUGAGGCCGAGUUGGACAUCUCACUAUAAUGUGUGUUACGCGCCAUCCUAUGAAGACGUCACUUUUGACAGUUGUUAUAAUGGAAAAUGUGGGUCUGUAACUUUAGUUCGAAUGUCAGUAGUUCGAUGAAUGCUUAAUGGAUUGAAAUAUUUUUCGAAACCCUUUUUAACGAAUGAUCAUCCUUCCGAGUCAACUUUGUAUCGAACUCCUCUUUUACCGACGAACGGUUGACCGAAGCAUGCAUCGAACAACUCACAUUUCGAAUUUCCAGUUGUUCGAUGAAUGCUUCGAUCAACCGUUCGUCGGUAAAAGAGGAGUUCGAUACAAAGUUGACUCGGAAGAAUGAUCGUUCGUUAAAAACAUAAUUCGAAAAAUAUUUCAGUCGAAUAAGCAUUCAUCGAACUAUUGACAUUCGAACUAAAGUUACAGACCCGGGAAAAUGUAUGGAGAUGGUGCGCACCAGCGCCCUCUGUCAAUGUAAUGCAAGCAACACAAGAUACCAACGGAAAUGAACAUGGAAGCAGGUCUCCAUACUCGCUGCAGUUGAUUAUUGACGACAAAACUCAUACGAAACAAAACACAAUCACAGUUGCAAAAUAAUAGCCAAAAAUCACAUUAAUGUUAUAGAUUUUGUGUCGCUAUUUGUCUGUGCUGGAGUGAUUACACUUACGCGGUUUCGUGAAUAAGUUGACACAUGGUAUAAGAAGACCAGGUAUGCUCAAUCCUAUGACAAGCCGCCAUUGCUAGCCCAUUGAUGACGUAAGUGUUACCAUUCAAUUGGUAUAUCCAACAUUCCAAGGACGAAUGAAAUAAUGAAAGAAGAGUUACUGACUAAUGUAUUAUUUACUAUUAUUUGUCACAUAUAUAAAAAUCAUUAAAACUACGUAAAUCUUUUACUAAAAGUACAAAAAUUCCUUGCAAAGUCAAUUAAAAACAUUGGACGUGGGUAAUUUUUUUUUACGAAAUGGCAACGUUCGUGGGAUGACGUCAGCUGGGCUAACCUUGAAAUGUUAGCUGUCAGUUUUGAACAUAUCUGCGGGCUUAGCAUCGUAAGCGCGCGACCCUUUCUCGCCUCGACAUACGUCACCCGUCACUCUCUCACAGUACUGCACAGAAAGAGAUAGAAGAUCUCUGUCGCGGCGAGAAAGAGUCGCGUGCUUAUAGUGCUAAGCCCGCUGGUGUUAUACCAUGAGUUGACUUACCGGUAAGUGACCAAGGGUCCGCGCCGAUCUAUACCUUUAUACCACAGCAAUAAAGGCCAGGGGCCUGUUUAAUAAAACUUACAAUUGUAAAUUACAAUGACAAUUUGAUGUACAUUGCGGAGUGUGUGAUCACGAAUAUUUUGCACUUUCAUAUUAGCUACGUAAUGAACACCAAAUUGUCGUAAUUUACAAUUGUAAGUUUUAUGAAACAGGCCCCUGGUAUGGCCGUAUGGUUUUGAAGCGUCGCCCCUCGCCUUAUGGUUUCCGUUGUGUCGUUUUUAAGCCACAAGAAUGCUUCCAUGUUCACUUCCGUUCACCGCAAGAUACUUAUCUUAUAAAAGGCUAUUUGACUUAAGCCCUCUACGUUUGUAAGGCAUGAAGUAAUGUCCUCAUAGUUUUAAGCCGUCUCUCUUUCUCUCAUGCGAAGGAAAGGGACGUACAAUGUCUCAAUGUUUUUUUUUGUUAAAAAGAGACUUACAUCGCUAGGGCUUUAUGAUUUCGUGUGAUAAAUAAAUAAAUAAAGAUAUAAAUAUAAAAAGUUAGAUAUCGUAAUUUCGAAUAAAUGUACAUUUAAAAUACGUAA